AUGUCUGAUUUGGUUUACGUGAUCGAUGUCGAGAGCGGCAAUUUGCAGUCGCUGCAAAAUGCUGUGGAGAAGCUCGGUUAUCGAGUCAAGUGGGUCAAGAACCGUGAACAGGGUCUGGAAGCGGUCGACAAGGCCCAGAGAAUGAUUCUGCCUGGUGUGGGCAAUUUUGGUCAUUUCAUGGAUGAAUUGCAUGGUAGAGGUCUGGCUGAUACGGUACUGGAGUAUAUUAAGUCUGGUAAACCGUUGAUGGGAAUCUGUGUCGGAUUACAGUCUAUCUUCAAGGGCUCAGUUGAGUCACCUACAGCCCAGGGUCUUGGGUUGAUUGAUAUUCGACUCAGUAGAUUCGAUGAUUCUGAAAAGUCUGUGCCUCAUAUCGGCUGGAAUGGCACAGUUUUAAAGGGUCAAGAGGGCGAUGAUAUUACCAAGUCAACACCUUCGUUAUAUGGCAUUGAUCCCUCGCAGAAGUACUACUUUGUACACUCAUUUGCUGCGGUGUUGAGCAAUGAGACCCAGAUCCAGGCUCUUCAAGGAUGGGAAUAUGCGCAAGCACAAUAUGGAUCAGAGAAAUUUGUUGCUGCUGUUGCGAAAGACAAUGUCUUUUUAACACAAUUCCACCCCGAAAAGAGUGGAGAGGCCGGUCUGUUUGUCAUUGACUCGUUCCUCAAGGGCAACAAACAUGCGCGAAUCAGCACGGAACUUGCAUCUCACAAAACCGCUCCUGGUUUGACCAAACGAGUGAUUGCUUGUUUGGAUGUACGGACCAACGAUGCUGGCGACAUUGUCGUGACAAAGGGAGACCAGUACGACGUGCGUGAGAAAGAAGGGUCCGCAGUACGAAAUCUCGGUAAACCUGUACAAGUGGCUGAGAAAUAUUAUAAACAAGGAGCCGACGAAGUCACUUUCCUCAACAUCACAUCAUUUCGAAACUCGCCAUUAAAAGAUCUUCCUAUGCUGGAGAUUCUGCGACUCACAUCCAAGACUGUAUUUGUGCCUCUUACUAUCGGAGGAGGAAUUCGAGACACUGUCGACCCUGCUACUGGUAAAGUUGUUCCUGCUCUGGAAGUAGCUGACAUGUAUUUCCGUUCUGGUGCCGAUAAAGUGUCUAUUGGCAGUGAUGCUGUGGAUGCUGCUGAGAAGUAUUAUGCCAAUGGCCGUAAAGGAGACGGCACUUCGCCAUUGGAAACCAUUUCCAAACCAUACGGAGUGCAAGCCGUAGUGGUAUCUAUUGAUCCCAAACGAGUCUAUGUUCAAUCACCCUCUGACGUCAAACAUCACACAUUCAAGACCAAGUAUCCUGGUCCUAACGGAGAAGAGUAUGUCUGGUAUCAAACCACCGUCAAAGGAGGACGAGAAACCCGUGAUCUGGGGGCCUAUGAACUAGCGCAAGCCAGCGAAGCACUCGGAGCUGGCGAACUCCUCCUCAACUGUAUUGACAAAGACGGCACGAACUCGGGAUUCGAUCUCGAGCUCAUCAACGACAUUAAAUCGGCCGUCAAGAUCCCCGUCAUCGCCUCUUCCGGAGCAGGUCGCCCCGAGCACUUCGAAGAAGUGUUCACCAAAACCACUACCGACGCAGCCCUCGGCGCCGGCAUGUUCCACCGCGACGAGUACACCGUAUCGGACGUCAAGAAGUGUCUCCAGACCGCCGGAUUCCCCACCAGACUCACAUAG